AUGCGCGUUCAGCAAUCCAAGCCGAGCGCAGCGGCCAAGCGCAAAGCUGCCGCGACCUCCCUCACCACAUCACCGCAAAAGAAAAGAGCCAACACCACUCCGAAGCGUGCCAAAGAUGAUGAUUUCAUCAUGACGCUCGAUUCCGAUGACGAUGUCGAAGACCUCGAUGCUGCCCAUGUCGAUGCAGACCAUGUUGCCUCGGACAAUUCCGAGCGCGAGCCUGAACCAGAAGCAGAACUAGAACCAGAACACUCGUCCACACCACCAGACGGCAAACUCACCAAAAACCAGCGCAAACGCAAGGAGAAGGCACAUCUCGUCGGUAAAGAAAAAAUCAUCGAGUCUCUUGCGUCCCGCUCCAAGACCAAUUCCGCAGCGGCGGUCAAGGACGCUAUGGCACUCGACAAGGAUUUUGAGUUUGACAUCUUCGGAGACGGAUCUGCUGUCGACUACACCGGUGCUGAAGCGAAUGGUUGGGACAUGAGCGUUACCGGCACAAGAAUGCACAAGAAGUUGAACGUGGAUGAUAUCAUUGAAAAGAGGAGAAAGGUUCUUCCCACGUUGCCAGCGCCGGUUGAGGAGGAGGAGGAAAACAGUGACGAGGACGAUCAGGACGAUGAUCUGGACGACGACAUCAAGUAUGCCGAAUACCAAGACAGCGACGAUGACGAGGACCGAUUCGGCGGUGGCAAUGGCAACAUUGUCGGUCAAAACAAGGAUGAGGAUCAACAAGAUGCAGCAGAGUUGGACAGUCAAGAGGAUCCGCUCAGCAGUGAUGCAGAAAGCGCCUCCGACGAUGACGAUGACAAUGACAAUGACGAUGACGAUGACGAGCUUCAAGUAGCAGAGCAAGACGAAGAAUCAAACUCGAGCGAAGACGAUUCCGACCUGGAAACUGAACAGGAGAAAGCCAGGAAAGCCGCCUUCUUUGCCGAAGACCCCAUCGCCACCUCUGCCGAUUCCUCUUCGAAAAGCAAGUCAACCAACGAUGCCGAAUCUUCAUUUGGUGCGUUCGACCUCUCCCGACCCGUCCUCCGCGCGCUCUCUUCGCUCUCCUUCCACAAGCCCACCCCAAUCCAAUCUCGCACCAUCCCCAUCGCGCUCGCCGGCAAAGACAUUGUUGCCGGCGCCGUCACCGGUUCCGGUAAGACGGCCGCCUUCAUGAUCCCCACCAUCGAGCGUCUCACCUGGCGAGCCAAAACACGUACACCUCACGAAGCCAAGUCGCGCGUCCUGAUCCUUGCCCCGACGCGUGAGCUCGCCAUCCAAUGUUAUUCGGUGGGAAAAUCUAUCGCCAAGUUCACCGACAUUCGCUUCUGCCUCUGCGUCGGUGGUCUGUCGGUAAAGUCACAGGAAGCCGAACUGAAACUUCGGCCUGAAGUCGUCAUCGCUACACCAGGUCGUCUCAUCGAUCACGUUCGCAACUCGGCCAGUUUUACCCUGGACGACAUUGAGAUCCUCGUCAUGGACGAAGCGGAUCGAAUGCUGGAAGACGGGUUUGCGGACGAGUUGAAUGAGAUUGUCAAAUCAUGUCCCAAGGGAGCGAGACAGACCAUGCUGUUUUCGGCGACCAUGACGGACGAUGUUGAGCAGCUGGUCAGGUUGUCGCUUAAACGGCCGGUCCGAUUGUUUGUUGAUCCCAAGCGUACGACGGCCAAGAAGCUCAUCCAGGAAUUCGUACGAGUUCGAGGCACAGGCACAGGUGGCGUUGCUGGUGCCGACGGCCUCUCGGGUAUCCAAGACCAACCGGCGACUUGGAUCUCUGGAGGCAGGAAAUCCGAAGACGCCCAACGACCAGCGUUGCUGCUCUCUCUGUGCACUCGAACUUUCACCAGCCAGACCAUGAUCUUUGUGCGCUCGAAAAAGCUCGCGCAUCAGCUCAAGAUUGUGUUUGGCCUGCUCGGCCUUUCGGCUGGCGAGUUGCACGGCGACCUGUCGCAAGAGCAACGUAUCGACGCACUCACCGAUUUCCGCGAUGGCAAGACGGACUUUCUGCUCGCCACAGAUCUCGCCUCGCGCGGUCUCGACAUCAAGGGUGUACAGACGGUGAUCAACUACGACAUGCCGGGACAGUUCGAAGCGUACCUUCACCGAGUAGGACGUACGGCGCGUGCAGGUCGAAACGGUCGUGCGGUCACGCUUGUUGGCGAAGCGGAUCGACGGAUGCUCAAGCUCGCCAUUAAAAAGUCGUCGGCCGAGCAGAUCAAGCACCGUAUCAUCCCCUCGGCUGUCGCUGCGCACAUGUGCGAGACACUGGAGCGACUCAAGCCCGAAGUCGACGCGGUUCUGCGCGAGGAAAAGGAAGAAAAAGCGCUACGCAUCGCAGAAAUGGAACUCAAGAAGGGCGAGAACAUGGCCAAUCACGCCGACGAGAUCUUCUCGCGACCCAAACGCACCUGGUUCCAAUCCGGAUCGGAAAAGACACAAGCGUCAGCGCUGAGCAAAGCUGGCUACCAAGCCACAAUGGAUGCGCGCUCCAGCAGCAAGCAGAAGGACAAAUAUGCUGGAUUGAGCAGGAAGAAGCGUCGAAGCAAGAUGAUGCGUCAAGAGAUCGAAAGGGAGAGAAAAGACGCGAGCGGCUCGGCGGGUGCAAAGACCGCCAGCGGCGGUGGAAUGGAUGCUGGCAUUCGCGCUGCCAAAAAGGCGCAGAGACCGACAAAGUUGGGCGUUGCACCGCUCAAGCUCGCUAACAAGAGCAAGGGUAAACAGUCCGGCCGAAACGCUAGACCCAGCGCAACCGGUGGUAGCAAGACCAAAAGCUCGUUCAACCGAGAUUUCAGUGGCAACAAGCGUCGUUAG